UGCGUGCUCGGCUGGUUUUUAAGCGAGGGGAUUAUCGCUCCUCCACAAUGGAGACUUAACCAGAAACUCGUGUCACUUUAUCCCCCAGAGACACAGUAAUAAUUCGCGUUUUUAUGCUUUGAUCUUGAUUUAUUUGCGCGUGUCUCUAUACGUUGCUCAUACGGGCCUUUUUCAAGUUUGGGAAGUCGGUUCCGGCUAAUGUUAUGUAGCAAGCUAAUCUGGUUUAUUCAUCCACAAACCCGCUGAGAAACACAAGAAGUCGCAACUUAAAGUAUGACCGAGUACAAGCUUGUGGUGGUCGGAGCUGGUGGCGUGGGGAAGAGUGCGCUCACCAUCCAGCUGAUCCAGAACCACUUUGUGGAUGAAUAUGAUCCCACCAUUGAGGACUCGUACAGAAAGCAGGUGGUGAUCGACGGGGAGACGUGUCUGCUGGACAUCCUAGACACAGCAGGUCAAGAGGAGUACAGCGCCAUGAGGGACCAGUACAUGAGGACGGGGGAAGGCUUCCUCUGCGUGUUUGCCAUCAACAACAUCAAGUCCUUUGAAGACGUUCACCUCUACAGAGAGCAGAUCAACAGGGUGAAGGACAGUGAAAGUGUUCCCAUGGUUCUGGUCGGGAACAAGAGUGACUUGAGCACUCGCUCGGUGGAGACGAAACAAGCUCAGGAGCUGGCCCGGCGUUACGGGGUGCCGUUUGUGGAAACCUCGGCCAAAACCAGACAGGGAGUGGAGGAGGCGUUUUAUUCUCUAGUGCGGGAGAUCAGGAGAUACAAGGAGACCAACCGCAGCAAUAAGAAGAGCAAGAAGAACACGCAGAGGCGCUGCACGCUACUAUAACACACGCUUCCAAAGAGCUGAUCCCUUGUUAUUGGGACGCCCUGACACCCCUCAGGUAACAUUAGCAAGUCCAUGAAAUCAGAUUCUUACUAUGGUAUGAGCUAUAAAUGAGAAUUUUUAGUCUGUAUUUUUGUGCUGAACAGGUAUAUUUGAGUAUUUACAAGAAAUGUUGCUCUGGUGUCAAAACUUUUUGUAUGGCCCAGGAUUAGUGGACUUCGUCAUUCAACAACAUUCCCCCAUGAUCACUUGUUUUUUUUAAAAUAAAAGCUUCAUGUUCUUCCACUCUUGCCCUCUGAACAACUUGGUAUAUUUUUAAACCUUUAAGAGCUGCAGGAACUGUCAUCACUUACUCUGUUACCAUUUUCAAAAUCCGUGUUUAUAUUUUUGAUACACGCCGCAACACUGCAUGGCGAUCACGUGAUCGAACCGCACUGAUGUUGAAGAAUAAAGU